GAGGUUUGGAGCUGGUGGAAACCGCCUGAGCACAGGAAAAGAGAAAUAAAUGCUGACAAACAACAAAUUGCAUUUGAUUUUUAUUUGAUUUUAAAUAGCAACAACAUUAAAUACGAGAACCAGAGAGCUGCAACUUUGGCUUUCCUGGGACCCGGAGUUGCCUGCUAAAACCCCCGCGGUGCAAAAAAUUUCGCCUCGGAGAUGUAACAGGGUCGGCCUCGGGGAGAAACAGUAAUCGUGCUCGGUUUUAUUAAAAAAAAAAAUCAACGGUGCGCCACCGCAACAAAAAAAAAAAUGGUGUUGAGCCGGCGCAGCGAAAUGGUUGGAUGGAGAGGGGCGAGCUGCUGCGCGUUGAGUGGAGGGAGACUGCGAGUGAGAUGGAGGCGGGGGGAAGGACCGUCUCUGCGGGGACUGGAGCCCAGCAUCGACGGCGCAGUGCUGGCUAUAGUUCAACCCUCCCCUUCUUCCUCCACAGCGACACUGGCUCACAACGAAACAGGUAAGGCACCACAAAACUCGGUCGGUUUCACAGAUAUACUACCGAGAAGCUCGUACAAAAACCGUUGAAAAGUUUGCAGUUGAGCAUUUAGUUGUGGGGCCGGUUGUCAUUUAAAGCCCCUCGCACGGCAGUUUCUUUGUAGCACCGAAACAGACCGACCGUUGUGGAAGGGUACAGACGAGGUCGGCCAUACCCGAAUUACUUAUCCCGAACAGUGGGGAAGAACCGCGUUGUAAGACCCGAAGGUAUGUUUCAUUUUUACUGAAAAAAAGGGCACCCGACGACUACUUUAAGCAAAAACACUUUCAUCGAAACUGAGACAUUUGUGAUGUAACUGUGGGGUUUGCGUGGGGAACGAGCCGUGGUUUCCGCGCCGAGACCUCCAUGCGGCUGUUGGCGGAACAGCUAGCCGCCGCUCUCGGCCAGCCAUCAGGGAUCUCGGUUUAAUAUCUCACCGUACAGAGACUCGCCCUCCCUCUCCCCCUCACUCUCUCUCACCGACCGUAGCCCAGAACCACCAGCGACGACCGAGCUCGAAGAACCCGCCUUCUCGUCCUUGCUUAUGCGCUUUUCGGGUGUAGGGGAAGGGAGGCUGCAACGCCCCGGCUUUAGCUCUAAGCUCCGUUGUCAGUGUUUGCAGUGCGCCAUUGGACCUUGUCACGAUUCGAGACUAUAAUCACAAAUGAAUGGAGACAUGGAGGUGGUGGCCCAGGACCAAGUGUGGGCGCAGGAUGACCUCCUAAAAUUGCUGGACUCCAUGAAAGUGGCUCUGCCUCAGAAGGAUCUGACAAAAUACAAAACCUCCGAGUCCCACCUGGACUGGCAGAAGGUAGCCUUCAACUCCUACACAGCAGAGAUGUGCAAGCAGAAAUGGCAGGAAGUCUCAAAAGAGAUCCGGAAAUUCAGAACUCUAACAGAGCUGAUAUUUGAUGCCCAGGACUACAUCAAGAACCCUUACAAAGGCAAGAAAUUAAAGAAACACCCAGAUUUUCCCAAGAAGCCUUUGACUCCGUAUUUCCGUUUCUUCAUGGAAAAGAGGGCCAAGUAUGCAAAGUUGCAUCCUGAAAUGAGCAACUUGGACCUCACUAAGAUCCUCUCCAAGAAGUACAGGGAGCUCCCUGACAAAAAGAAGAAAAAGUAUGUAGAAGACUUCUUGCGUGAUAAGGAAACAUUUGUGCAAAGCAUGAUGAAAUUCAGGGAAGACCAUCCAGACCUCAUGGAGAGCAUGACUAAGAAAGGUUCAAAUGUCCCAGAAAAGCCCAAGACGCCCCAACAGCUGUGGUACAACCAUGAAAAAAAGGCGUUCCUCAAGUCGCACCCUGAUGCGACCACCAAAGACAUCAAGGACAGUCUUGGUAAGCAGUGGACGCAGCUGUCUGACAAAAAGAGGCUCAAAUGGAUUAGCAAGUCCCUGGAGCAGCAAAAGUUGUACGAGGAAGCGAUGCGGGAAUACAUCCAGCAGCACCCGGAGCUGAACAUGAGCCAGGGAGACUUUGUGAAGUCCACCCUGACCAAGGCGGAGCGGCACCUCAAAGACAAGUCCGAUGGCCGGCCCGACAAACCACCUCCAAACGGUUACUCGAUGUUCUGCGCCGAGCUGAUGUCCAACAUGAAGGACGUUCCGAGCACGGAGCGCAUGGUUAUGUGCAGCCAGCGGUGGAAGCUCCUGAAGCAGAACGAUAAGGAUGCGUUCCAGAAACGCUGCGAACAGAGGAAGAAGGAGUAUGAAAUAGAGAUGAACAGAUUCCUCAGUACCUUGUCAGAGAAGGAGCAGCAGCGAGUUCUGGGGGAGGAUAAGAUUGGUCUUAAAAAGAACAGUGCAGCCAGCAGCCCUGCCUCUAAAAAGAAAAAUGCUAAAACGAAGGCAACUACAGAGAAACCCAAGAGGCCCAUCUCUGCCAUGUUCAUAUUUGCUGAGGAGAAGCGAUCCAAGCUGCAGCAGGAGCGACCCGACAUUCCUGACAGCGAGCUCACCAGACUCCUGGCCCGCAUGUGGAACGAGCUGCCUGAUAAGAAGAAGGAGAAGUAUAAACGAGUGGAGGCACUUCUGAAAGCCGAGUCUGAGAAGAAAGAGAGGGAGGACAGAAGUCGCCUGCCGGAUCCGCCCAAAACGGCUCAGGAAAUCUGGCAGCAGAGUGUCAUAGGGGACUACGUUGCCAGAUUUAAGAAUGAUCGACCAAAGGCACAUAAAGCCAUGGAAACGGUGUGGAGCACCAUGGAGAAAAAGGAGAAGAUCAUGUGGAUCAAAAAAGCUGCAGAAGACCAGAAAAGAUAUGAAAGAGAUCUGUGUGAGAUGCGAUCUCCUGCUAACGUCGUCACACCUUUGAAGAAGAUGAAGUUCGAAGGAGAACCCAAAAAACCGCCGUCAAACGGAUACCAAAAGUUCUCCCAGGAGAUGCUGUCUAACGGCGAGCUGAACCACCUCCCGAUGAAGGAGCGAAUGACCGAGAUCGGCAGCCGGUGGCAAAGGCUGCCGCUGAAGGACAAGGACCGCUACAAGAAGAUCGCCGAGGAGAAGCAGAAGCAGUACAAAGUCCUCCUGGAACAGUGGCUCGCUAGCUUGUCUUCACAAGAGCGAAAUACGUACAGAGAAUACAAUUCCCAAAAAAGAAGAGCUCCAGCAAAACCAGGAGGCGCCAAAGCAAAGAUUAAGAAAUCUGACACUGAGGAAGAGGAGGAUGACGAUGAUGAAGAGCGGGAGAAGGCUUCGUCUGAAGCAGACUCCUCCAGUGAGGAGGAUGAUGAAGAUGAAGACGACGAUGAUAACGAUGAAGAUGACGAUGAUGAUGAUGACGACGAUGACGAUGAUGAUGAUGAUGAGGUGGAUGACAAAGAAAACAAAUCGGACGAUGACAGCAGCAGCGACUCUAACUCCGCCGAGUUGUCAGAGUCGGAUUCGGACUGAAACAUGGCCGCCGCCCAGAGACGAACUAAAGCAGCACUGAGCUGAGCCAAGAGUCCAGGGAGCUCUGCCACUGUGCCAACCCUGCUCUCCUCCCACUAGAGGGAGCUCUCCUUCCCCUCCGCAUCGCUUCAUCUAUCCUACACCCCGUUUACGUUGCUGCUCCAGAAGGAAGCCCGGCCCUGAAGUCAGUCCGAUUCCCUCCCGGGUGUGACGGUCACAGCUGACGUUAUACCAAAAACAGCAUCCCACUGGUUUGGUGAUGUCAUGAACAUUUCUUCUCCGAGUUUGGUUAUUUUAUUUGCAGGCUCUAUAGUAAAAGUUAGAGUUAAAUGUAUCAGGUAAUCAGUUUCCCUCCAGUAUUUUUUUUCCUGACAAGGAGGUUGUGGACAGAACAGGCUUCAGAGCCAAAGAACAGUUCGGUGGAUCACUUUAUGAAGAGGGGGGCAGGGAGCAUGUGCAGGGCACUGAAUAAUUGCACUCUUUAGAAUGUUUCUUUUAAUUUUUACUUCUUUUUUCCCCCCCAUGUUUUCAUUUGAUGUAGAUUUUGUGAUUUGGUUCUUAUAACGGUGGUAUUUUGUUUAGAAGUCAAGCCAUUAAGAAUGUUUUUCUGUCACUGGAAGUUGCUUGUCUUCUCAGUAGAUUUAGCAUGUUUUCCGUCAGAGUGGAUGGGCUCCAACUCAUUUAUACCGCUGGCAGAUUUACAAAUUAAAGGCAUUUUCAUUCAGUCGAGACGUUUGGCUUUGAUUUGAACUGAUGCAGGCAUCUCUCGUUAUGUAAUGAGGAUAAUGUUUUGUCACAUUUGGGCGAGGGGGGAUAAAGAUCUUUAUUUCCGUUUUAACAAGACAUAGCACGCUGAAAAUUAUUUAUAUCCUUUUUUAAUAGCCAGUGGACAAAUGUAAUGUUUUGGCAUUACAGAAAACAAACCCCUCCAACAAUUGCUGACUGACUUUGUGCAUUAAAUGUAAAUCUGACAAGGGUAUGAAUAAUUUAUUUGGCAUAACCUUUACUCCACAUUAGUGAAAAUACAAUAAUUGCUGUAAGUUUUGGUAAACGCAUUUAGCUCAAUCCACAAAACAUUGGAAAUUAUCGCUGCAACAAUCAGUUUUUACAAAAUAAUCUAACAUGAUCCAUAAAAUGUAAAAACAUCUGUAAAUAUUUAGUAAUUUCUUUAUUUUUUUGCACAUUUUGCAACACAGAUUUUCUGUGUUGCAAAAUGUGUUUUCUGUGUUGGAAUUCACAGUCAUAUGUUGAAGUUUAAUCAGAAGGUUUAAAAUACAUUUAUUUCCAGGUGUAAAUAUUUGGUAUCAUCACAGCACCCAGGUCUGUCUCCAAAACAACAUGUCUCAUAGAAUUCAUUUAUCAGUCUUCAAACAAUUCUGGUUGUUUCAGCAGUUUGUCUGGACCUCAAAGGGAGCCAUUUUUGCAGUGGUCUACAUUUAAUUUUUAGUAUUUUUUUUUAAACAAUAUACCUUUGGAAUUUUUUUGAUUAUUUUGUUUAUAUGCUUCCAGGUUUUUGUGAGCAUUAAUCUUCUGCUGAGGACCUGAAUGGUUUAAUUUUUUUAAAUUGAGUUUUGUUUAUUUCAGUGGCUGUCAUGACUUUGGGUUUUGUCUAACGCCCCCCUCCUAAAAAGUGUGCACUUAAUGUAAAUCUGUCCUUCUGAGUUUGUGUGCACGCAUUCACAUUACUGUGUAUAUACGACGAUGUGUGCGUGUGUAUUUCUCUUUUUUGCUUUAAUGUUUGCUGUUGUUGCUGUUUUCUUGCAAACCGAGAUGUGACUACAGCGUGCAUCUUCGUGCCUGUGUGGGGGCAUCAUACCAACACCAUGAAUGUACAUAUUGUUCAGUUUUUGGAUCUCAACCUUCCCUAAUUUGUGUCAUUAUUUCCGUAAUAAUGGACAAAACUUCCAUCAUUUUUAUUUUGAUUGAUUACUCUGUUAUUGAUCUGUAUGUGAUGGAAUAUUUUGACUGUAUCACAGACUGCAACAAAAACCAGCGUGGGCUAUUUAAGUAACUUGAGGAGGGGAACAAGUGACUGACACAAAGGGAGUUGCUGGGUGGAGCUGAGUUACCUGAAAAUUUGGGGUUAAAAAAAUGUAAUUUUUCUGUAAAUACUGUUUUUGUUUUUUUUAUUGAGUGGAUUUUGUUUUGUUAGUACGUUAACUUCGCAAUCCCUCUUCUGUGACUUCCAGGGCCAGUGAGUCUUCCACUCACGGGAGGAGAGUUUUUAGUUCAAGGUCACCUGUUUUACUUGUUUCUUCUCUUCCCCUAUGUUGGUUUGUAGAGAUAUGUAUGACAGCAAAGCUUUACAAGUUUGUACUGCUGAUCAUUUGACAGGAUUUGAUGUUUUAUAUAGCGGAGGAUGUUCUUAUGUCCUUGUAGUUUAAGUAUUUGGGCAAAUAAAAAGAUUAUCCUUAAAA